AGUACAACAGUCAGUUGCGAUUUGUGAACGAUAACGAGUGUUGAACGCUCUUGAUGCGCACUGUGCAAAAUAUUUAAAUUCUGCGUGUGCCCUUUAAAAAUCAAACGAACGUUAAGAUGAAAACCGGAAAUCAAAUCGUAGCGGAAGCCCUGAAGGAGCAGGGUUUGACUUAUGUCUUCGGUAUCAUGGGACAUCCUGUGAUUGAAUUGGCUAUAAGCAUGCAAGCCGUUGGUUUACAAUAUCUGGGUUUUAGGAACGAGCAAGCCGCUUGUUACGCAGCGCAGGCCUACGGAUAUUUAACGAAAAAACCCGCAAUAGUGUUAUGCGUCUCCGGUCCAGGUUUGUUGCAUGUUAUUGGAGGUAUGGCAAAUGCUCAAAUAAAUUGUUGGCCUGUGCUUGUGUUAGGAGGAUCUUGUCCGGAGGAUCACGAGGGAAUAGGUGGGUUUCAGGAAUGGCCACAGGUCGAAGCGAGUAGACCUUAUUGUAAAUAUGCGGCAAGACCACCAUCAGCCACACUAAUACCAAUGCAUGUUGAAAAAGCUGUACGACUCGCUACUUACGGCAGACCAGGCGCCGUUUAUCUCGAUUUACCUGCUACAUUAUUAACGCAAAAUGUGAACGAAAGCAAAAUAUUUAAGGCUUUACCUUGCUCGCCACCGCCGUUAUCCUAUCCCGAUACGAAAUUAAUCGAGCAAGCAGCGAAUUUAUUGAUAAAGGCGAAGAAGCCCUUGGUGAUAAUCGGCAAAGGUGCCGCUUACGCUCGAGCUGAAGGUCCAGUAAGAGAGUUUAUCUAUUCAACAAAUGUACCCUUUUUGCCAACACCGAUGGGAAAAGGCGUUGUACCGGAUACGGAUGAGCGUUGUGUCUCUAGUGCGCGAACACUCGCGUUGCUGCAUUCCGAUGUGAUUUUAUUGCUAGGCGCGAGAUUAAAUUGGAUGUUGCACUUUGGACGACCACCCAGAUUUCAAAGCAACGUCAAAGUCAUACAGAUCGAUUUGUGCGCCGAAGAGUUGCAUAAUUCGGUCCCGUCCGCCGUCGCCAUACAAUCGGAUAUUGCGCCCGCGACGGAAUAUUUGACGAACGUGUUGAAAAAUCGAAAAUGGCACGUCGAUCGAAACGAUUCGUGGUGGAAGGAUCUUGCGGCGAAAAUUGAAAAGAAUAAGCAAUUAGUUCACCGCAUGUCGUCGGAUACCAGUGUGCCUCUGAAUUACUAUACUGUUUUUAAACAUAUUCAAGAUGUCAUACCGAACGAUUGUAUUAUUUGUUCUGAGGGAGCUAAUACGAUGGAUAUCGGACGAACUAUUCUCUUGAAUGAUUUACCUCGUCACAGGUUGGACGCCGGUACAUUCGGUACUAUGGGCGUAGGGCUUGGAUUUGCGAUCGCGGCUGCCCUUUACUGCAAAGACAACGCGCCGAAAAAGAGAGUAAUCUGCGUGGAAGGAGACAGCGCUUUCGGAUUCUCCGGGAUGGAAGUUGAGACUAUGUUUCGAUAUAAAUUACCGGUGAUUAUUAUAAUCGUGAACAAUAACGGUAUAUACGGUGGUUUUGAUAAUGAAACCUUUAGACAAUUGCAGGCAUCUGGAGAGCCUACACAAGUGACACCUCCAUAUUCUUUGUCAGCUGAAACUCAUUAUGAGAAAUUGAUGGAAAUGUUUGGCAAAAAAGGACAUUUUUGCACUACUGUGGAUGAAAUUCAACAAGCAUUAAAGCUAUCUCUCAAGAUAAAAGAUAGUCCCAGUUUAAUAAAUAUUAUGAUCAAUCCGCAAGCAGAUCGCAAGCCACAACAAUUUACUUGGUUAACGGAAUCAAAAUUAUAAGUGUACAUUAUAUUAAGAUUGCAAAAUAUGUUACUAAAAAACAUAAUUCAUA